AUGGAUUCCGAAACGAAUAGAAACUGGGAGGCUGAAUGGAAGGUCAUAAAACAAGAGUUAGAAGCUGGAGAGCAAGUUGAAGAUGCUCACUACAUUUUGUUGAUGAUGCGAGUAACACGCCGAGAAGCGGAAUGGGAGCGUAGAGGACGACGUAAAGAGGAACUCGAUCAUCAGUUGAAAGAAGCAAAGCGUCAGCUUGCAGCAACGGAGCGGAACAUAAAAGAGAUGAAUAUGAAGAAAACGACGGAAGGAAUACAAAAAGAGCUGCGAAAUAAGAGAGCACUUCAACGGGAAAUUCGGAAAAUAAAUAACGAAUUAGAGGAGCUUUAUUCUAGCUGGGAGAUAAUGAGACCAUAG